UGAAGAACUAGGGAAAUGUCCAACUCACAGCUAUCAAGCGACCUCAGUCUUGACGCCUCCAAAUUUGAUUAUGCAAAAAUUAGCAAAACAACGGCCCAGUUCAAUGAGGCACUCAUUCAGAAGCUCGAGAGCGGACCAAAAUGGUACGAGGUCGGCGCGGAAAAGUAUCGUCAGAUGCGCUGGAAUGGGGAGACACCUUUGCCCAAGCCGAAGGUGAUCGAAUCAGGCGAGGACUUUAACAUUCCCUCCCGCGACUCAGGUCGUGAAAUACCGUGCCGGAUGUUCAAGCCGGCGGAUGGCCAGGUCAAGGGCGUCUUCAUGCACAUCCAUGGCGGUGGAUGGGUGCUGCAGGACAUAAACUAUCAAGAUGGCCUGCUCAAGUUCCAUGCCGAUAAUUGCGGGUUGGCAGUUAUCAGCGUGGGAUACAGACUGGCACCAGAAAAUCCCUUCCCCGCCGCACCGGAGGAUUGCUUUGAUGCCGCUGAGUACUUGGUUGAGAACGCAAAGUCAAAAUACGGAGGAGACCUUUGCUUCAUAGGAGGGGAGUCUGCCGGAGGGCAUCUCUCCGUCCUCACCGCGCUGCAUCUUUUGAAGACCAAGCCGACCUUUGCGCUCCGCGGUCUGCUUCUGCAUUUCGGUGCCUACGACCUCUCACUCCUGCCGUCAGUUCAUCAUUUCGACAAGCCUCUGGUGCUGGAUAAGCCCAUCAUUGACCACUAUCUUGAGGCGUUCGUGCCGAACACUUCGCUGGCGCAGCGACGAGACCCAUCAAUCUCGCCAUUCUAUGCUGAUUUGCGCGAUUAUGGUAGAGGGAAGCUGCCACCUGCUCUGUUCACUUGCGGCACGGAAGACCCUUUGCUUGACGACUCGAUGAUGAUGGCGGCCAAGUGGAUGAGCGCUGGUAACGAUGCGGUCGUGCGGAUUUACACCGGGGCGCCGCACGGUUACAUUCUUUAUCCACCUGGUGCGUGCGAAUCAGUGGAGGAGGGACUGGAAGCUGCUCGGCAAUUCAUUUUGGAGAAGUUGUGAUGAUUGUGUAAUAGUCUGUCACCGCGAACCAAGAUCAACUGUCUAGCAAGACAGACACGGACAUCAGACCGAUAAGCAGACGUGGUUGUACUCGUAUGAGCGCAUGUCAGGGCGUUAUGAGACCUAGCAAGUCAUGUAGCAAUAGACCGCCAAGUCAAUUUGACGCAC